AUGGCCGACGAGGGGGCGGGGGCCCUGGACACCGCCGCGCGCCCAUCGCCCGGCCCCGCGCAGGAGGGGGACUCGCGCCCGGACCCCGCAGCGGGCCUUGGGGUCGCCCCACCUGCCCCCGGGCGCCGAGAAGCGGCCUUCGCGGCGACUGUCCCGAGCCUGGAGAACAAGGCUCCAGAAACCUGUGGCGCAGAGGCGUUGGGGGCUAGGGCGGGAGCCGGCGGGAGGGCCGAGGAAGUGACGACUGGGGAGGGCGCCAUCUUCAUGGAGGAGACAACGGAGGAGGUGGAGAAGCAGCGAGUGGGGGAGGGGAAGCUGGAGGUGGGAGAGGAGAAGCUGGAGGUGGGAGCGGAGUCCCGGCAGGGCCCGGGGCCCCUGAACCUUGGCGGCCUAGUUGUGGACCCCCUGGAAGCCAUCCAGUGGGAGCUGGAGGCCGUGAGUGCCCAGGCUGACAGGGCCUACCUCCGCCUUGAGCGCAGAUUUGGGCGGAUGCGUCGUUUGCACCUAGCCCGUAGGAGCUUCAUCAUCCAGAAUAUUCCGGGUUUCUGGGUCACCGCCUUCCUGAACCACCCGCAGCUGUCAGCCAUGAUCAGCCCCCGAGAUGAAGACAUGCUCUGUUACCUGAUAAAUUUGGAGGUGAGGGAGCUCAGGAACACCAGGACAGGUUGCAAAUUCAAGUUCCGCUUUUGGAGUAACCCCUACUUCCAGAACAAGGUGAUCGUGAAGGAGUAUGAGUGCAGAUCUUCAGGUCAGGUGGUGUCUAUUGCAACUCGCAUCCGAUGGCACCGGGGCCAGGAACCCCCGGCCCUGAUACACAGGAACCGGGACACUGUCCGAAGCUUCUUUAGCUGGUUUUCACAGCACAGUCUCCCAGAGGCAGACAGGGUUGCCCAGAUUAUUAAAGAUGACCUGUGGCCUAACCCCCUGCAGUACUACCUGCUGGGGGAUAGGCCCUGCAGAGCCAGGCGAGGCCUAGCCAGGUGGCCCAUAGAGGCCCCUCCUAGGCCCUAUGGGUUCCAGUCUGGCUAAGUACUGCCCAGAGAUGUGGCACUGAUGUAAGAUCCCCUUUUGCCUCCUGUGGACCUGCACACAGGCCAACAGCAUACACUCUGCUAUCUGCUUUCUCUUCUGUGCACUCUGGCUCCUCUGGAUGUUCAGUGAACUCAGCUCCAAGAUUGUGGCCUUCAUGGCUAAUCUCUGCUGUUUCCAUGUGGCCUUCAUGUUGUUCUGUGUCAGCAUCACAGUACUGUCACACACCACUCAUCUACAGUAAGCACCCAGUGCUAUGGAUGUGUACUGCCAUCAUCUUCAUGGCCUGCACAUAUCUGUGACCAUGGCCUUCCCACCCAUUGUUGACACAGGCACCCACAAGUCAUCACUAGGGGGACCAGUGCCUCUUUGAGGUCUCCUGCUUGAAGGCUACAUCAUGUUAGCCUUGCUCAACGAUGCCCCUGCACACUAUGAGUGAGCCUCAUCACCCAAGGUGAAGUGGGUGCAUUUGGUGCUGGCUGCCAACCAGACUUGGACAUUCCAUGCCCUCAGAACUACAGGCCAGGCUACUACCAAAGGGACUGUUCAGCAUCUGGCAGAAUGGGCAUGCAGCCAGGCUGCUGGGCAUGGGUGAGGUCAAGGGCAUGAAGAAGUGGACUGCACAUUCUUUGUGUGAUCACACUGCUCUUCCUCCCCAUGUUGGUCCUGCAACAAAGCCUGCUGUUGGCUUGUGAAUGUCUGUGCUGUACUACACCAGUGCCUGUAGUUUUGCCCAACGAGUUUUGCCCAAGCCACCAUCAGUCCUGCUGCCUUCUCCCAGGCCUACAAGCACCUCAAGAAUUGCCUCUGGACACAGGUGGGCCACCUGCUAAUGCACAGGAGAGCCCUAAUCCCCCGAGAACUCUGGCAGGCUGGCAUAUCUGAGCAUGUGUUUUAGGUGAGGGCAAGGAUGGCAUCCCUCCCAGAAGCCUUGGUGACUGGACCCACACAGAAGCCAGGCCCUUUGCCAGCUCCCGUUGCCUCCCUUGUUUUUAGGCUGCCAGGUUGCUGGUGCUGGGGCGGGUGGUGUUUCUGGUCAUGGAGCCUGUCUACACCUACUCAGACCUCACAUCGUUUUUUCAUUCAAGUGAUGGCUCAGAGAGGGAGAGUUUGUCCUGUAGACUGCCAGCGUUCUUUUUGCCCCCCUGCUCCUAUGCCCCACCCCCUCUAGCAAGGCCUAGAAUCUUCAAAGGGGGACAUGCAGGACUUCUGAACAGAGAGACGAGAAGUCCCCAGUGGCCGGAAUAAUCAUUUCAUUUUAUGCUGUGCUCUUUUAGACUAAAUUUAGCCCCAACUCUUCUCCCUCCACCAGAUCCAAACCCCUUCCCCCUCCCUGUGGGUUCCUGUGAGCUGUCCCUCCCUGCAUUUCUUGUUUUCUGCUUUUUUUGACGGCUGGCCAGUCAGGGGAUCCAAACCCUUGACCUUGGUGUUAUAACACUGCACGCUAACCGAGCUAAUUGGCCAGCCAGAUUCACCAAUAUAUUUUGUAAACGAGAAGAGUAGCAGAACACUGCAACUUUAGAGGUUUUCUUUCAGUAUGACCUUCUGUAUGUAGAAAGUUAAUGCUAUAUGCUUUUUAUUUUGUUGCUUUUGAGUAAGACCUUGUGAAUCUCCUUCUCUGUUUCAGCCCACUGGAGAAAUUGAGCUGUACAGGCCUGUUUGUUGCUUUUAGUUGAGAAUGUUUAUAAGGCUGUCAGUGUAAUUCUUCUUUGCCAUUUAGAAACUUAUGUGACUGUUCACAGUUGUUAUCAAGCUGUUGUGGCCUGUUACUAUAACUCUGUACUUAGAAUGAGUUUGAAUAAGGUGGUUUUGUAGGACUUAAGACUAGAAGUUGUUACCAUGUUCUGUAAGGAUAACCUCCAGAAAGAAAUCUGUAACUCUGAGGGUCUAUGAUGAUUCUGUGCCCUGCUGGCUGUGUUGUAACUGACAUCGCUGUAGCUGACAUUGCUGCUUCUUAAAAGAAAUGUUCCUGUAGUUGCUUUGUCCAAUUAGAAGAGAAUUCGUGGCACUUUUGUCUUCUAUAUGCAUGAUGAAAAAAUAAAAACUUUGCGGUUUUUAUUGGGAAAAAAUAACUUAGAUCAUGUUACUCCCCCAUCUAAAACCCUCCACUGGCCAAAAAAUUUUAAAGAAAUAAAAAUAAAGUCCCAAUUCCUUGGUUGACAAAGCUCUGAA